AUGCAACACCAAACACCACCACAACAAUACCCCCAGCUCAUCCCUACCGACAAAAUCCUCACGUUGACAGAACAACACAUCAACACGUUACGGACCGCACGAAACAACAUAGUCAAAGACAUAACUCCCUCAACCGCGACUUUCCUAACAGUAGUAAAACCGCUCGCCGAAGCCCAACACUCCAUCGAAGACUCUUUCGGCAUGAUAGCAAUGCUGCGCUACGCAUCUCCAGACGCCAACGCCAGGGCCGCUGCAGAACAAGCAAGAUCCCUCUGGAAUUUAGCCUUUAGCGAGUUUGCCGAUCGUAGUGAUGUCUACAUUCUACUGCAAGCAGUCAAAGACCGUAAUGAAGACCUAGAUGCCGAAUCAGCAAAGUAUCUCGACGAGCUGUUGGCUGAUUUUGUGAGGUGUGGACAUGGUGUUCUGGAUCCUGAAGGUAUUGCAGAAUACGUUGCACGGAGAAACAAAAUCGACAAAUUGCGUGCAGAGUUUACCAGAAACGUCAGAAACUGCGAGCAAGGAAUUUGGUUGUCUGAGAGUGAGUUGGGAGGUGUACUGCACCAAGACAUUACUCGGUUUCGCAAUGCGGGCGCCAAACAACCAGGAAGAGACUCUUCCGAUGGCAACAAGACUUGCUUUAUCGCACUCAACAAACAUGAUGUUGGUGCUGUGUUGCAGUAUGCAAGAAACUCCGAAACCAGGGAGCGAGUGUAUAUCGCUAAUGUCGCUAAACUGCCCGAGAACCUGUCUAUCUUCAAAGAAGUACUGAGACUUCGAGAUUUGAAUGCACGGCAACUUGGAUACAAGAGUCAUGCAGCAUUUCGCCUGGAAAAGAGACUAGCGAAGACUACACAAUGGGUCUACGACUUUCUCGACAAGCUGGAAGGGACACUUUUGCCACAAGGAAAGAAAGAAAUGGCCGAGCUGUUGGAUCUGCGAGCAUCACAAACGCGCAACUACAAAUCAGAGAGCAGCGAUCCAGAUACCAUGUUAGCUUGGGAUUACCCAUACUGGAAACGUCUUGCACUCGAAAACACAUCCGUCUCCCACGACAAAAUCGCCGAAUACUUUCCUAUCCAAGUAGCGGUACCACGCAUGCUUGACUUAUUCUCUGAUUGCCUGCAGCUGCGUUUCCUCAAUGUAAAAUCCCCUGAGGUCUGGCAUGCUGAUGUUUCAGCUUGGGAAGUCUGGGACGAUAGAUCAGAACAGAGGAAUCAGUUUAUCGGGUAUCUAUAUAUGGAUCUCGUGUUUAGGGAGAACAAACAUCGCGGAUGCCAGAAUGUGAAUUUACAGCCCUCUUAUAUCGAUAGCGAUGGGAAACGUAGAUACCCGGCUACCCUACUCAUGUGCAAUUUUCCACCUUUUGCACCUGCUGGCUCGCCCUCUUGUAUCUUGCUUAAGCACGGCCAACUCAUUUCUCUCUUCCAUGAACUCGGCCACGGCAUACACGACCUACUGUCCCGAACCACAUACUCACGCUUCCACGGCUGGCGCUCGCCACCAGACUAUGCCGAAGCCCUGAGUAUCAUGCUCGAGAACUACGUAUGGCUACCUUCAGAGCUAAAACUUAUGAGUUGCCAUUAUACAAGCCUUAGUCCCGAGCUAUUGCACGAAUGGCAACUCCAACAUCCAGAUGAGAAACCGCCGAUCGCGACUAUACCAGACCAUCUUCUCGAUCCACUGAUCCAGAGUCGUUUUGCUUUCCGUGCUCUGUAUAUGUUGGGUCAGUUAGCAGAUUCUCGCUUCGACAUGACUGUCCACGAUUCCCCCUCUCAUUCCCACUGCACUUCCCUCAACUCCACAAACCUUUACAUUGACCUCCACUCAACCUUAACACUUCUCUCACCCUCCUCCAACAAAGCCGAACACGGACACCCACACACAGAUUUUACGCACCUACUGGCAGGCUACGAUGCAGGAUACUACAGCUAUCUAAGCGCCCAAGUCUUUGCUUCAGACAUAUUCGCGCAAUUCUCCGACAAGCCAAGAAAUCAAGAGACUUGGGAGAGGUAUAGGAAGUUGGUACUAGAACGGGGUGCAAGCACAGAUGAACUCCAGAACUUGGAAGAGUUCUUGGGCGGCAGACCUGUGGACAUUGCAAAGGUUUUGUAA